ACUAACCAUCCAUAUGUAUGUAUUUAUAAAGGCAACCUAACACUCACCAAUCUUUCUAAGAAGGUACUAGUCCGAUCAAUGUAUGUUAAUGUGGUUGUCUGUCUCUCUUGCUUGAUUUUAAUGGCCAAUAGGAAAGUAGUUGAAACCACAGAUUGUCAAUUAAUCAAUUUAUUUACGUACAGUACAUGAAUUUUAUGUAAAUACAGACAAUAGAGAGUUAUAAUAGUAUAUCUUCUUCUUCCACAUUAUUUUUGAACGUUAUUAUUAAAUUUUCAAACACAAAACAAAACAUCAAUGGACGUAGCCAUGAUUUCCCAUUCAAUCUCCAACAUCCUACAAUGGAUGAACUCCACAAAACAUCUAACAAUUGACAUCAACCAACUUGAAACCAAUCUUAAACAAAUCAAUGAAAAAGUCCAAAAUCAGAGCAACUCUGAGUGGCUUCAAAAAGUUAAAGAUGUUGUAAUCGAUUUGAAUGAUUUGAUAGAAGAUCUUCGUUACAAGGAGAAUAGCAGUAGCUCAUCAAAAUCGCUUAUCAGGUCGGGCUUAAACGUCAGGAAUCGUUUCAAAGCUACACAUCAAGUCAAGAAAGCCACAGAGGAACUCAAAAGGUUGAUUGAGGAAGUGCCAAAGGGAGAACAACAAGAAGUGGUUCGUAGUAAUGCUAAUGAGAGAAGAAAGUUUGCAAUUGCAUAUGCAGAGUUUGAGAAAAUUACUAUGAUUGGUAGAGAAAAUGAGAAGAAGGAGAUCAUUGAUCAAUUGCUGAACAUGAACAACUCUGAUGUUGUUAUUGUAAUUGCGGGUGUUCCUGGAAUUGGGAAAACAAAACUUGCAAGUCUUGUUUGUGAGGAUGAGAAAGUCAAAGCGAAGUUUGGGUUCCAAAAAAUUGGGAUCAAUGAUCUCCGCGAAAAUUUUGAUGUUGAAUCCAUAGCAAAACGCGUCACCACCACCAAAGGUAAAGGUCUGUUACUUUUAUUAGAUGAUUUGCGUGUUGAGAUUCAGCGUGGUGAUCUUGAGAUGUUGCAGAAGGAAUUAACCAAGGUGAUUGGCAGCCAUACUGAUACGGCGAUAGUCAUUACUACACGUAGCAACAUGGUUGCCAACACCAUUGCUGCUGAACAUGUUACUACCUGUGGCAACCAGGUUGCAAUCAACAUUGCUGCUAGAACCAUAGUGGUUUUGAAGUUGCAGGGGCUUAAUCAAGAGGAAUCUUGGUCCUUGUUUCAGUGUGUUAAUGAGCUAAUUACUUCAACCAAAAAAGAAGAACAAACUAGUACCAAUGAAUCUGAAUCCAAACCUGAACCCGAACGGGAGAUUGUGAGGCAUUAUGGCGGAGGAGUCCCUCUUCUGAUAGUGAUCAUAGCGAUGGUGAUCAAGAAGAACCAUAGCGGUUGUGGUGGUGACGACUGGAUUCCAGAAGCACUACAAAUGCUCAAGUAUAUCUAUUAUGAUGAUCUUCCCACUUAUCAAAAGCUAUGUUUUGCAUAUUGUUCAUUGUUUCCAGAAGAUUAUUUGAUUGAUGCCGACAGAUUAAUUCAACUAUGGACUGCUGAAGGAUUUCUCCUCAGCACAAUUUCCUCCAACAGUGAUACUAAUACUGCUGAGCAGCAUUUUGGUCGAGCUUGUUUCAACGACUUUGUUCCUUUGGUUUUCCAUCAAGUGGAAGAAGAAAAUGAUCACCAUCAAUACCGCGGUGUUGUGAGGAAUAACAUAAACAACGACUUAUAUAGAAUGAACAAGUUAAUGCAUAAACUCGCAAGGGAAAUACCUGCCGGUUGCGAAAACAUCACUGUGAGUUCGAUGGUGGACAGAGUUCAAGGCAGAACGCUGCGAGUUUCGUUCAAUUUCGCUCUAGAUGUGUCGUGUGAGAUCCCUGAUUCAGUGUUUGAGACAGCAAAAAAAUUAAGAACCAUUCUUUUGCCAUACAACACUGAUAACCCUCGGCUUCCACGUGAGGUAAAGAUGACAACAUCAACCUGUGAUAAGAUCUUCAACACCUUCAAGUACUCCCUACGCGCAUUGGAUCUACAUGACUUGGGGAUCAAGAUGGUUCCAAGCUCUAUUGAAGAUGUGAAGUACUUGAGGUUUCUAGAUCUUUCCCAUAACAACAUGGAAAAGCUUCCUAGUAGCAUCACGAAUCUUAUCCACUUGCAAACGUUGAAACUUUCUCAAUGUCAUGUCCUUAAGGAAUUGCCAAAAGACAUGGAGGAUUUGAGUAGUCUCAGCCAUCUUGACAUUGAGGGAUGUUUGGAUCUAACUCACCUGCCAAGUGGUAUAAAUAAGCUCACUUCUUUACAAACAUUGUCACUUUUUGUGGCUAGCAAGAAGCAAGUCACGGGAGGACUAAGGUCACUCACGGAUCUUAACAAUUUGAGAGGCCACUUGGAAAUUUCGCAUCUUGAGCGAGUCAAGUUCUCUCCAUCCAAGGAAGCUGCUAAAGAUGAAUUUUUGAAACAUAAACAAUAUCUUGAGUUCUUGACACUAAGAUGGGAUCACGAUGAAGAGGACGAGGAAGAAAGCAAGGUUGACAAAGACGAGAAGUUACUUGAAUAUCUCCAGCCACAUCCAAAGUUGAGAAUGCUAUUAAUUUUUGGGUACAAUGGUCCCACGUUGUCUAACUUGCUCGAUUCACUUCAAUGCCUCGUUAAGUUUGCCUUGAACGACUGCCCCAAAUGCAAAUUUAUCCCUCCAAUGGAUCAUCUUCCACAUCUCAAAGUUCUCCAACUUCGGAGAUUGGACUCUUUGUCAUUCAUUGCAGAAAACAAUCAGGGUGGUUCUUCUACACCAAUAUUCUUUCCAUCCUUGAAGGAACUUACAAUCUCCGAUUGUCCUAAUCUUAAAAGUUGGUGGGAAAAAGAGAUAUGUGAAAAUGACAGACCUUCUUUCAGUUCCAUUUCAAAAAUAAAUAUCCAAUAUUGUCCUCAAUUAGCUUGCAUGCCGCUAUAUCCUGACCUAGAUGAAGAGCUCGUUCUGGUGAAGUCAAAUGUAAGAUCAAUGAGGGAUACAAUGCAUUAUGCUGACAAUACUGAAAGUACUGAAACUUCUAAUUCACAGUCGCAACCGUUCACCAAAUUGAAGUACAUGACAAUUGAGCGUAUUGAACAUUCUCCACCAAAGAGUUGGCUUGAAAACUUCAUUUCACUUGAGGAACUUCACAUUCGAGAUUGUCCUAAUUUUGAGUCUCUACCACAAGGUUUCAAGUCUUUAAGUUCACUCCUAUCACUUUCUAUUGAAAGAUGUCCAAACCUUGUUCUUGAUGUCGACAUGUCUGGAACGAACUGCAAUAAACCAACUGAAUGGGAGGGUCUAAAAAACCUGAGUUCUCUUACAUUAAGGAGUAUUUCAAAACUGAAGUCCCUUCCAUGGGGAGUUGAAAAUGUGAAAUCUUUGAAAGAGUUAAGAAUUUAUGAUUGUCAGGCUUUAACUUCUCUACCUGAAAGCAUCAGUAACCUCACUUCACUUGAAAAAUUGGUUAUUUAUGAAUGCAGAAAAUUAGAUUCUCUGCCCAAAGGAAUGGCAGACCUCAGUUCACUACAUACCUUGAAUAUUACGGACUGCCCCUUGUUAUUGCCUAGGUGUCAACCGGAAACGGGUGAUGAUUGGCCACAAAUUGCACAUAUCAGGAAUAUAUCAGUGUGGGAGACUCCUCAAGAUUGAAGGGAGUUGUGAAAUCAAGCAAAAACUUGAUAGGUUUUGUUGAAGAUUUUCAUUAUCGUUUUUGUUGAUGUUUUACUUUAAGCAAAGAUUUAGACUUUUGUUUAUUUUGCACUCUUUUUUCCUUCACCUAGAUCCUAUUGAAUUUUUCUGGUAAGGUUUUUAACGAGGCAAAUGUUGUUUAUGUUCUUGGUUGUUUACUUUGGGUUUUCUCCUAGUCCCCAAUAAUUGCAAUUUUUCUUCUUUUUAGUUCGAAUAAAUUUUUAGUGUGUUGCAAAUAUCAUACCUAUUUAUAGUGUUUGGAAAUUUGUGCUCGAAAUUUAUAGAAUAAUGCAUCUCUUUUUUACU